AUGGCGGAGAUGGCGGACAAAGCUCUUCGGGAUCCGCGGCGGUGUGGAAAGUCGAGGCGAUUGGCACCAAAGACGUGGGGGCGGGCGAAGUCAUCAAAAGGGGCGGUGCGCUAUGCUUGCGUGGACGCCUUCCUCUCGCGCUGCCUCGGUGAGCACAUCCGCCGUGACAUGGUGAGCGACGAUGAGUACGAGUCUGACCCCGACGACGACAUCGAUUCUAUGGACGCUGAGGAGUCGGAGCCAGAUGCCGUCGAUGGCGGUUACUGGGGUUGA